UAAAACAUUUAAACUGAUUAUAAAUAAAUGGCUUAUAACAAAUCUAAAAGAUUUCAGGACUCUCACGAGCGCUUUAAAAUUUUGGAUCCAGGCGCCUAUCAAUAUCCAAAUGCUCCUUUGAUACAACCAAACAAAGCGCCUUUUCUCUCAAAAACGCUAAGGGUCACUACUUUCAACAAAAUUUGGACGCAUGCAUUGCAUUUUCCGAGAAAUCAAGAACAUAUUCCAAACUGCACCAGCUUGCAGUCUACAAUGCCUCGGUUCAGUUAUGAGGUUGAAAGACCUGAAGCGGUUGAAGAAGUUUUAUGCGACUGCGACUCCGAUAACGCAUGCAUUUGUUCGGAAAGACACAAAGCGGAAGAAAAAGAACCUGUGAUUUGCCAGGCCGAGGUACCGAGACAUUUAUUCAUAGGACCAGCGAUCCCUUAUAACAUAGAACGUUUUUAUAAGCCACCCAUUGACAUUCCAUUCUAUGAUACAAAAGUACAGGAGUUCACAGCGUUUUAUCGAGGCUGCAAGUGGAGUAGAUGGACAUCUAGAAGGGAAACAAAUCUUACGUUCCAAGGACCGGGGCCAUCGGAUUAUAAUUUGGUACAACCACCAGAUACGACUAAGAUAUGGGCUGAAAGAGUACGAGCAAAAAGGCGCAAAGAAAGUCAACAACUAAGAUUUAUUGAAAUUGUUCAGAAGAGGACAAUACGUGAGAAUCUGCCUGGGCCAGCUUCUUAUAACCCGAUUCUUCCCGAACGUAAAGAUUUUCGGUGCCCUAUUCCCACGAAACACAAAAAAGUAUAUUAUUCAAUCUCAGAAAUUAGAGAUAUUUUAAAGGAUUCUCCAGGCCCCGCGGCUGACUAUCGCAUCCCAAGAACUUUCGACGUUAAAACAAGAGACCGCAUUGAAUGUCAUGUAAAACUACCUAAUCCAGCACCUUUUGGGGUGAAUGAUGUGAGAUUUAAGCAGAAAAUCAGAAUAGGCCCCGGUCCGGCUUCGUAUUGUAUCAACAACUUCAAUUUAUGUCAUAAAAAUGAUUUACUAAACUGCAAUCGCGCACCGUUUGGAUCUUCCUCAAAAAGAUUCAAAGAAAAUUUACUGGACGAUGACCUUACCGAAGACGAUGAUGACGCAGGAAGUAAUGAAAAUUCUAAAUGCAUUCCUAGAUCAGACCAACCUACUUGGAUGUUUAAAUCCGAAACAGUUAGAAUGAAACUGCCUAAGAUCACUUUAACAGAAACUUACAGAAGCCCGACUGAAAAUAAUAAGGCAAGGCCGAAAAAAUUGCAAUACUUAUCUCCUUUCCAUUCUUCUCAAGGUAGAUUCAGAAAUUGGUACAACUGGAUCCCUGUACAAGCAUCAGUGAAAACACCGGGUCCCGCAAGUUACUGUACAGAAAAACCAAAGUGCUCUCUUAUUGUAUUUACAGGCACAAUUAGUCGACAACGUCGUUUUAUGACAUACAAUGGGUCUGAUACUCCAGCACCUAAUCAAUUUGUACUCAACGGCAUUGAACAUAAUAUUUUAAAUACGUUUAACUAUAAAUUACGGGAGAAUAUUUUAAGGAAACCAUGCAAAAAGAGAUGUGGCCUCCUCCGGCGCGGUGUCAUGCCCGCCUAGCAUACGCCAACGA